AGCAAAGAUCAAUUACGAUCACGGACAAAAGUGAGUGAAUAUAUAUAAGUAUUAAAGAGGGAGAUAGCGAGGGAGAGCGUUUGUGGAAAACGUACAGAACAGAGAGACAAGUGUUUGGGGGGGUCAAACAGCAACUUCUGUUGGAUUUGGUUUUGAACUAAUACCCACGAGACAAAUUCCCGCUUCUAUCUCCUUUGAAUAUACCAUUCCUUCUUCUUCAACCCUAAGAACAGAGAGAGACACAGAGAAGGAAUAGAAGAGACACAGAGAAGGACUGUUCAUGUGAGACUUAUUGUUAUAAAAUGGAUACUCCCCCAAAAAACGUAACUCAGAUCGAGAAUCCGAUUUCUAAACUCAAACUCGAGGUUUUCCUCCUUUUCGUUCAUCCUCUGUUCGUGUGAUCGUUUUCUUGUUUAUUUGAGGAAAGUGUGUGUGUGUGUUUUUAUGGAAUCUGUACAAUACCCAUCUUGCAAUCAGUUUAAUUAUACUCAAAAGAUUCAGUUUAACAUUGUUUUGAUUCCCACUCAAUGUGAAAUAUUUCAACUUUCCUGUUUGGUGUUGUGUCUUUAUGGAAUACCAGAGGUUCACGCUUUAUCGGAUGGUCUACUUUAUUCUCUGACCAUUUCUUGUAACUGAGUUGAUUUUUUUUUUUUUGUGUGUGUGUGUGUGGGGAUGCAGAACUCGCCAGUGUUCAACUACAUAAACAGUCUGUCUCCAAUCAAACCUGUCCGAUCAUUAUCAAUCGCUCAAACCUUUGGCUCUCUAAGUUACUCAUCUCCUCCUUCUGUCUUCGCUUCCCCUCACGUUUCCUCUCACAAAGGAUCUCGUUUCAAAAGUGAUCAUAACCAUGUGCCUGCUUCCGUUGGAGAAGAAGAAGCUUUACAUGAAACUGAAUCGCCACAAAUCCUACAAAAUGAGUGCACUACUACUACACCUCCUAGAGGUGAAACGGAUCUGCUGAAGAUGUGUGACGGCAAUGUUAAGCAGAAAAGUGAAACUCCGGAUUGGGAUGCUAUGAUUUCGGAUUCUUCUGAUAUUCUGAUUUUUGACCCACUGAAUGAUUCGGAGGCUUCUAGAUGCUUCUUGGAGAGACCAUCAGACUCCAAAACACGCUCAUUGGGUGUUGCAAAGUCUACACUGGAGCCUGUUAUUAAUAGCAAUGAUGAUCUUCGCCGUGGAGGGAGAAGACGGUGUCUUGACUUUGAGCAAACUUCGGUCGCAUCUUCAUCUAGAUGUGUAGUACCUAGCACUGGUCUGCAUUUUAACGCCAUUGCAUUGUCCUCUACGGACAACAAUGCUGGUAACGAGUACCCACUAUCCGGAAAUACAGAAGUGGGUUUGCAAGGUUCUAUCACUCCGGUUCUUAACUCGCAAGACAACGUGAGAGAAAAUGAAACUAGAGAAGCUGCAGGACAAGGUGUAGAAGAAGGUCCAAAGUCUUUAGCUCUAGUAGAACUGAAUGAGAGCAGCCCCAAGAAGAAAAGGCAAGUUUCUCCUUUACAUAUAUUUUUGUGUAAGUCUUUAUCAAUAUUUCUUAACCAGAUGUUGGCAUUACAAUUCACCAGGCGCAAGUUUGGACAAGCCGGAGAAGGUGAGUCAUCAUGUAAACGGUGCAACUGCAAGAGAUCCAAAUGUUUGAAGCUUUACUGUGAGUGCUUUGCUGCUGGAGUUUAUUGCAUAGGGCCAUGUUCAUGUGUAGAUUGCUUCAACAAACCUAUCCAUGAAGACAUUGUCAUGGCUACUCGCAAACAGAUUGAAUCCAGAAAUCCACUUGCAUUUGCUCCUAAAGUCAUCAGAAACUCUGAUUCCAUCAUGGAAGUUGGUGAUGAUGCAACAAGCAAGACUCCAGCUUCUGCACGACACAAACGUGGCUGCAACUGCAAGAAGUCAAACUGUCUGAAGAAAUAUUGUGAAUGCUAUCAGAGUGGAGUUGGUUGUUCCAUAAAUUGUAGAUGUGAAGGAUGUAAGAAUGCAUUUGGCAGAAAAGAUGUCUCUGCAGGGUCUUCAUUUACUAGCAUGGAUAAAGAAAAUGAAACAUCUAGCAGAGGCAGAACAGAGAAACAACCUUCAACACCAAUGCCGUUAAGACAACCAUUGGCUCAACUUCCCAUCUCAUCCAACAACAUGCUGCUUACUCAUCAACAUCUUCAUGGAGCUUCUGGAUCUUCCUUACACAUGAGCCAAUCUUUCAGACGACAAGACAUGAGUUUGAUGUCUCAUUCAAAGAUUGGGACAAUCACAGAGGAGAGGGCAGAGAAUAUUGAGAAUCUAAUCGAGUCUCCUAUGACAAACAUGAUCAAUGCGGUAUCUCCCAACAGUAAAAGGGUUUCUCUGCCCAUGGAGUUGAGUCCAUGGAGAAGAAAUGGUGGAAGGAAGCUGUUACUGUCAAUUCCUACUUUUCCUUCUCUCACUCCACACCAUUAAAAUAUUCUUUGAUUUUUUUUGUCAGCCUUUAAUUCUUUGAUUUGAUGGUGUCAACUUCUAGUUGGUACAUACACAAACGUUUCUAGUAUUCUAGUAGUAGCAACAGUUACUUUUUUUUUUCCAGUGGUUGUGUAAUAAGAAUGUUAAGACAUUAUAAUACAUCUUUUGGUUUAAUAAUUCUACUGUUUCAACAUACCAUGCAAUUAGAUAAAACAAUAAAAUAAUAAAUUUUAACAGAUACUAUAUAAAUUUAUGAUCCCAAAAUAUCACAAAUUAUAUUUUAGUGAUAUUUUGUCCAAUUAUACAUAAAAAGAUAUAUAUAUACCAAAACGAAAAGUCAAACACAAAACUAACCAUGAUUUUUUUUUGAAACUUUCAUUUGCCCUAUUCAUCUUAGAAGUUUGGAUUAUUCACAAAACAACGAAUUUGAAGCUCUUAAUGCACUGAAGUUUUAAUUUUUACUCUUCAUAUUUCAUUGCUUAUGCACACAAACUACAUCUCUUUCACUUUCUCUUUAUAUUCAUCAUUAAACCCAAGAUUUUUGAUUCUAAACUUUGUAAGGUUCAAACUCAUGAUUCUUGGUCAUUAACAAGUGGAUCUGUUUUGUGGUGAAGUUUUGUGUUAUAGGAGAAACUAAUCAAGUUAUCUCACUGGUUGAAAGUAUGAAAUUGAUUUUUUUUUUCAGAUCUGUUCAUCGAAUGUCUUCUCGUCAAUACAUAAGUUAGUUUUGCAAUUGACUUUAUGUGUGUUUUUAAAGACGACUUCUCUGGAAGUCUUCCAACUUUUCUUUGUUAACAAAAAAAUCUCGAAAAUACCAUAGAAGACUUCAUGGUAAGUAGUCUAGGACACACAAGUUAGUUUUGCAAUUGACAUGACUGUGUCAGAAGU